CCGGGGUCGUUCCUAUAGCAACGGCGGCCUCCGCCAUUUUGCCGGGGUCGUUUCUAUAGCAACGGCGGCCUCCACUAUCCCCGCCGCCAUUUUGCCGAGGUUAUUUCUAUAGCAACGGCAGCCUCCGCCAUUUUGCCGGGGUCGUUCCUAUAGCAACGGCGGCCUCGGCCAUUUUGCCGGCCCCCGUCUCCAUAGCGACGGGCCUCGCCGCCGCCAUCUUGUUAGGGUGGCUUCCAUAGCAACGGCCGCGCUUCGUCCUCCUCCUCCUCCAUCCCCGGUGGCUUCCCGAGGGCCGGCGGCAUGGCGGUCCGCUCGAGCCUGGAAGCCCUGGAGCUGACGGGGGACGAGGUGGAGCGGCUGAGCAAGGCCUUCCAGGACGAGGGCUUCCGCAAGCUCUUCGCCGACUACGCGGCCGAGCUGAGCGACCCGGCGCAGCGGGCCGUCUACGAGGCGGAGGUGUCGGCCCUGGAGCGGCAGCGGGGCGUCGAGGCGCGCUUCCUGCACCCGCAGCCCGGCUGGGUGCUGCGGACCAGCCAGGCCGGCUCCCGCCGCUGCUACGUCAACGUCUGCGGCAACGCGCUGGUGGCCCGGCCCGAGGCCAGGCCGGAGCCCGGGGGCAGCCGCUGGACGCUGCCCCACUGCCUGGCGCCGGCCCGGGAGGAGCUGGGCAGCCGGCGCCGGCCCGGGGAGCCCCGAGGCCCGCCGCGCCUGGUCUACGACGUGCUCUUCCACCCGGACGCGCUCCGCCUGGCCGCCCGCUCGGCCCGCUUCCGCCGCCUGGUCAGCGACACGGCCCUGGAGGCGCUGGAGAGCCACUUCGCGCCCGGCCUGGACCGCGCCAACGCCGCGCCGCUCCGGGGCGUCAAGUACAAGGGAGUCCCGCAGGCCACGCUGCUCCGGACGCCGCUGCCCGGCGCCGCCCCGGAGGGAACCGGGGAGGAAGAGAGCCCCUCGCCGCCGCUGCCGCCCUUCCCCACGCCCUACGCCUACCCGCCUCGCCCGGCCCAGCCCCCGAGGCCGGCGCCCCAGCCCGCCCCGGCGGCCACCACGCCGCGCUGGAGCCUCCGGCAGCGCUCCUACGUGGACCUGCAGGACUACCGCUGCUGCCGCGACUCGGCGCCCAGCCCGGUGCCCCGCGAGCUGGUGGUGACGGUGGAGCUGCCCUGCCUGGGCUCGGCCGCCCAGGCGGAGCUGGAGGUCCGCGGGCGGGAGCUGCGGCUCGAGUCGCGGCGCCCCGCCGCCUACAGCCUGCGCCUGCCGCUGCCCUACGCCGUGGACGAGGCCGCCGGCAAGGCCACCUUCAACAAGGCCAAGAGGCAGCUGGUGGUCGUGCUGCCCGUCCUGCCGCCGGCCGGGCAAGAGCAGGGGAGCCCCGGCUGCGGAGUGCAAGGCCGGCCGGAGGAAGAAGAAGAAGGAAGGGAGGAAGAGGAGGAGCCGCCGCCGCCGCCGCUUUCGGAAACCGGAGGCUCGGCUGAACCGCAGCCGGGCUGCGCCCCGAUCCAAGCCGCGAACAACGCGGAGCAAACGUCCCUAGCCGCCCACGUGGAGGCGAGGCCGGGAUGCGCCGCGGAAAGCGCUCCGGCCGCUCCCGAGCCCGGCCUCUCCACGUGUCCGGGUCACAACGAUUCCGACGAUCCUCGGAGCCCCGCGGCCAGCAGCCCGGAAUAUCCCGCGGAAAGCGACCCGGCGGCUGACACGCGUCCGACCGUCCCGACGUGCGGCGGUACGGGUUUGCCUGCUGCGCCGCGUGAAGAUCCGUGCGUGGACAGCACCGUGGAGCUACCCGGCCCUGUUGCGGGAGUAAGUCAGGGGCUCCUCUGCGCCGACAUGGAUCUGAACGAAAGCACCCGUGUCACCAGCGACGUGGUGCCCUCCUCGUGCCCCGGUGGCAUCCUGGCUCCUCCACGUGUGUCCUGCUGUGAGGCCUGGAUCAUUCCGUGGCAACUCUGUCAGGUCCGGACUGCUCUACUGCUCUCCAGUGCCCCCUGCAAGCCCAGCCACCCGGUGUCCCCCUUUCCAGUGCACUCAGAUGAAAACUCUCUGAGGCUGAUCUUGCAGGUGCCAGGCAUUGCUCCCCAGAGCCUCAGGGGGGAAGUAGGAACAAAUUGCUACAGAGUUAGUUUUGCCAGCAAAGACUUUGUUUCUUAUACAUUCCUCUUGCAGUUUCCUCCAGAAAAUAGACUGAGUCCCCCUGAGUUUGGACUUGAUGUGUCCCCUGAUAAUGCUGUUAUUUCCCUCACCAAGUCUCUCGAGACCACUGGACUUUGGAGAAAGAUGUAUUUUGGCCCAAAUGGUGAUUCCUUGCAGGAAAGGUGGUUUGUCACUGAAGACAAUGUGGAUGAGUUUCUGGGCAGUCUUUCGAGGAUGUCCGGUUCCAGCCUGUCUGAGAUGGAACAUCAGCCAUUAAUUGAAGUGUUGGAUGUCUCGGAGGGCAAAAGUCAGAUCAGAUUAAAGCCGCUGGAGCAGAACGGCGUUGAGCUGGGUAAAAUGCAAGAAGGAGCUGCUCCCAAGGGAGAGGAUGGUGAACAAGAAAAUGGCAGUGAACUCUCAGCAGACGCAGAAAGCUGCCCCGCACAAACAGCUCCGCUCACAUCCAUGGAAACAAUGGGCCAAGUUGGCGGGGGACCAGGCCAUUGUUUGGAGCUUGACCCCAGCAACCCCAGCUUGGCAAGCCCUGGGAAACAGCAGAUAAGGGAGUGCCGUGAGUCAGAACGUGCUUUUGCAAGGGAGGAGGAAAGAGCCACGUCCACACCACAAGCCCAGUUUAACUGGGAGGAGCCUGGCCAGACCAGAGGGGGGGAGGGUGUGCAUUCAGAGUCAGCACAGAACAACCAGGGCCAGGACAGGAGCAGGCCGGCUCCUCCUGUGCUAAAGGAAACAGACAUGCGGGAUGGAAGUGUGCAGUACAUUACCAGCCACACAACGCACUGUGCAGUCGCCUUUCAGAAUGCUUUGUUGUAUGAACUGGAUUAAUGUGCUGAGCUCCCAGCCGGGCUCUGCAGUGAGAAAAACCUCAAGUUUUACAUUUUGCAUUUCCUCCAAAGAGCACAGGAAAGGGACGGUGCAGAACCCCAACCACAAGUCUUGCGGAAACAAAGCACCGGUCCCAUCUGCUCAAAAACGUUCACUUCCAUUUGGGAGAUUUGAAAGGAUUGGACUCCAGGAAGGGGUUACCAACACAGUGCUCUCCAGAUCAGCCCCAGCCAAAGGUCAGGAAUGAGGGAAGUGGCCGUGCAGGAACAUCUGGAGAGCAGUGCCUUGGCAGCCCUGGGUUUAGUCGAGCAUUCAGCAUGUUGCUGAAUUUCAGAAAGAAACUGGCAGUUCAUUAAAGUCAAAAUCCCAUUGCUGUGAGUAGUCAGGGGAACAUACAGGUCGUGGUCAGGCUACAUCUAGGUUUGUUAAACUGAAAUAGAAACAUGCCUUUUGCCUGUGCACACAACCAGGAUUAAACCAGGAAGUCUCUAAUCAAUUUCCCAUUUCCCAUUCUGAACUGGGAGACUCUAGUUACUAGCUUUGGAAUGGGGACCUUAAACCAGACUUUGAAGUUUCGUUUAGGAUCCUGGCUUGUUCUGAAGCCGGUGACUGAAACAGGGAGACUUCUUGGUUGUGACGUCUUGCGCCCUGGAAGGGCAAAGCGAAGAGGCUGACUGUGUGGGCAGAAGGCUAAUUCAUCUCUCGGCUGAGCCAACUGAGCCAUGCUCUUGCGCAAGGCCUCGUCACAACUUCAGGGUUUCAUAAUGCCUUUAUUUCCAACUUCCCCUUCCUCCAGCAUUCCCAUUUCUUCUCCGCUGAUGGGGAAACAACAGCCCACUAUUUGAAGGGUCCUGUCUCAGAAGCCUCACAUUUCACUUGUGCUGCCACAAUCACUUUUAGGUGUGAAUUUGUAUGGCUUGCCUUUGGGGCAUCCCUUUCACACUCCGCAAGCACCCUUCAAACAGGUAGAUAAAAAUGCAACAGCACCAGCUGGGCAAAAACCAGCUUGCUUGCUUUCAUGGUGGAUGCUAAAACCAGUAUAAAUACCCUGAGUUGCUCUCUGUUCAUCAAAACCCAUGCAAGUCUCCUGAACGUCAAUUGUUGCAACUGUCUUGGGAAAUCCCCCUGGGUGCUUGCAUGAAAACUGUUUUUGGGGAACUCAAAACCUUUCUGUAAUGUAUGCAGCACAAUCUAUUUUGGAUCAGGGUGUCAUAGCCAGAUUGUAAACUGCAUUCACAGGAAGAUAAUCCUAUUCAUUUUAAUGGAAUUGAUUUCAAAGUAAGCAUGCCCUCAAGGGACAGGGCUGUACCCAACCGUUGCAGUUCCACUGCCAUUGGGACAGAGAAUAGCACACCCCACAAGCAGCGACUGUACAUAGAUCUAUUCCCGGCUCUAUGUUUUACAGCACAAAUGUGUUUCAGGUUUUCUGUUGGCCAAACUAGUUUUCACAAUACAAAGACUAUUUUAGAACUUCUGCUUAAUUUGUCUACCCUAGCUAGGCUGGAUGCUUUUGAAACUGCCUGCAUUUUACAGGAAGAGAUUUUGUGCCAAUUGUUUUAACAAAAGUCAUCAAUACCCUGGAUGUGGCAGGUACCUACCAUGAAGCUAAAACUUAAAUGGAAGAAUUGUUCCCCAGUGAUCUGCUUCGGGGCUCAACAGUGCUCGGUUGGAGCAGGACUGUAACCCUCUUCUCAGUCCCACAGAUUUCACCAGAACCCACUCUCAAUUAAGACCCGCUUGAAAACCCAUCAGCACUCUUCUAGCCAUUAAAUUAGAAGUUCUGUCGACAUUAAUUAGCAUGUUCAAAAUUGAAAUGGAGCAGGGGAGACUAACCUAAUGAAGUCUUUCCUCUCUUGUAACCUGAAGAAACACAUUUGCAUCCCAGAAAGUCAAGUUCUGGAAAACACUCAGCAGUUAAUUAUGUUAGACAGAAUUCAGUAGUUUCCACUAAUUGGAUUGUCCUGUAAAAUCUAGGAACACACUAAAAUUCACCAAUAAAGCGUUUUGCUGCAGGUCUAAGGGGUGCCUUGGAGAUGACUUUGCCAUCUUGUGUUUUCUGCUGCUGUCUGUAUUACUCCACCACAAUACACAAAUGGGCCUUUGUUACAUUUUGGGCAUAGAAAUGGAUUUCAUCUUUGGUGCCUUUUUCCAGAGGCAAGGAAGGGCACAAUCCACUGGGAAGUUCUUUGGCACAAGGCCCAUUUACUUUACGAAGAACUUGUGCAGGAGAAUUUUCUGAUGGGAUUGCGCUGUAACAUUCAAUACAUAGUUAAAUUAAAUCUGUGCUCUUUCAUCAAGAAGGGCUUUUGAAGGUUACUGAGCCUCUUAACACAGAUGUAGACUAGGCUCUCAAUUAGUAUAUCUUUUCUCCAUAUGCUGUUACUUUACAUUGCUUGGGGCUUUUAGCUCUUGGAUGCUCUCCUCUGUUUCUUCACCCAGCCCUGUUUUUAAUUAUUCAUUAAGCUGGGCUGCCUACGCAUGAACCUGAAUUGGUUCUGUAACAGGAGGUAAAUGGUUGUCAUUGUUUUCAGUUCAGUUCUUCAAAUGUUAUGUUGUUAAUUUACUUUACUUUGUAUCAUUGCACUGUGCCGUCAUUACCAUUGUUGAAGCUGUUCUUUUAAUUUGGCGCUAUAAAAAUUAAAAGGGAUUGUUUCGGAUCA